UUUCUGUCGGAUCUUCAGAGAAACAGCUGCUAGCAGCGCUGCUGAUUCUCGGUGUUCUGACAAUCAAUGCUGCCCGUCAGAUUUUCCUACGGUACCACACACCUGUUCUCGAGGUUCAGGUGCGACUUUGGGCACCACUGAUCUAAACAAAUCAAAUAUGAUUCGCAGCGUCAUUCUUAAGUCACCACCGCCUUCGUCACGGCGUGAGACAGAAACGUCAUCACUCUGCGCCGCAGCCCGGCUGGAAUCAGCGUGUCGCCGUAAAUAAACGGCUGAUGGUGUUUCCGGUGAAAUAUGUCGGUGUUUCAUGAUGAGGUGGAGAUUGAGGACUUUGAGUUUGACGAGGAGACGGAGGCCUACUACUUCCCUUGUCCCUGUGGAGACCGCUUCUGUAUAACCAAGGAGGACCUGGAGAACGGGGAGGAGGCGGCCACAUGUCCCAGCUGCUCGCUCAUCGUUAAAGUCAUCUAUGAUAAGGAACUUUUCAUGUCUGGAGAAACUGUAGAAGCUCCAUCAGAACCUAAACUGCAGCAAGUUCAGACCUGAACCAGAACCUGGACUCGACUCGAAGCAGCCGACGCGCUCCAAGUGGAAACCUCACCCUGCAUGUCUGCUGGUGGUGCGUUCAUGUUCCACUGGGAAACGCCAGACUUCUCCAGGAUUCCCUGAACCCGUUUGUUCAGAGCAGAACUGUGUCAUGUUGACACCAGCCAGAUAUAAAACUGUUUUAAAUCAAUCUGAUUCAUGUGGUUCUGAUCCACUGGGUCAAUAUUUCUAAACUUGUUGGCAGUUUUUCAGCUUCAAUUCAGAAUUUCUUCCACUUUCUAGAUAAAAUUUCCUCACAUUUAAAAGCGAAUCGUGUCGAAUUUACAGCAACAGGAUCACUUACAGAAAUGAAGAUUGAUCUGUCCCAGUUUGAAAAUGAAAUGAGAAAAAAACUGGAAACAAAAUCAAGAUAAAAAUCAGAGUAAAAAAGCUUCAUGUGGACCAGAACCGACCCGUCAGCUUGCAGGAUGUCUCCCUCUUGGUAACAUGAAUUUAUCAGAGGAAAGCAACUUUCCUGCAACAACUUUAGCAUCAAAAUAUAUCAAAGGAGGAAGUGAGACUAAAUUAUAAUAAACAUUCAUUUUUAAUGA